AUGUCUGAAACUACUGUGUUUGUUUCUGGGGUUACGGGAUACAUCGCGCAACACAUUGUGAAGCAAUUGCUUGCUAAAGGAUAUAUCGUUGUUGGAACGGUGAGAUCUACUGAGAAAGGUGAGAAAUUAAAGACAUCUUUGAAUUCCGAUAAGUUCUCUUAUGAAAUUGUUAAGGCCAUCGAAGAGGAAGGUGCUUUUGAUGAAGCUUUGAAGAAGCAUCCUGAAGCUACUAUCUUUUUACACACUGCGUCUCCAUUCCAUUUCAAUGCGACAGAUAUUGAAAAACAAUUGAUAAUUCCUGCCAUUUAUGGUACUAAAAACGCCCUUAAAACUAUCAAGCAGUAUGGCCCUCAAGUGAAAAGAGUUGUUGUUACUUCAUCUUAUGCUGCAAUGUUCCCUAAGGACGAUACUGAUGCUACAAUUACUGUUAAUGAAAACUCAUGGAAUGCCAUCACUAAAGAAGUGGCGCUUACCAACCCUUUAUUCGGGUAUAUUGGGUCUAAGACUUUUGCGGAACAGGCCGUUUGGGAGUUUGUGAAGACUGAAAAUCCAUCAUUUGACGUCUCAGUUAUAAACCCAGUAUUCGUUUUUGGACCUCAAGCCUUUGAUGAAAACGCCAAGGGUACUUUGAAUACUUCUGCAGAAAUUAUCAAUAGCAUUGUUCAAUUAAAGCCAGAUGAUAACGUUCCUAAUAUCGAAGGUGGCUAUAUCGAUGUUAGAGAUGUCGCAGCAGCACAUAUAAUUGCCUUCGAAAAGAAAGAAGCAAUUCUGCAAAGAUUGCUACUUUCAGCUGGUAGAUUCACUUGUCAGGAUAUAUUAGAUAUUUUACACGAGAAAUUCCCGGAAUAUGCUGCUAAUUUGCCAAAGGGUGUCCCAGGUUCUGGUAAAGAAGCAACUUUUGCAGUCCUUGACAAUAAAAAAACUAAAGAAAUCCUUGGAUUUGAGCUUAGGAAUUUGGAGCAAACUAUUACAGACUCAAUCAAACAAAUUUUGACUAAUAAAUAA